AGAAGCUCUCUUGAAUGGAAGCACCUGCUGAUUGGCUCCGCUACGCCUCUUGUAGCAGAGACUACGAGUCUACGACGCCGGCUCGCCGAGACCGUCCUCCUGGACACGGCAGCAUCGACUCUGGUAUCGAAAAGACCAUUUUGGCGAAGAACGGUCGCGCUCUGAACCAGAGCCAUGGCGGGUACACUGUACGGACGCCGGACUCCACCACUACCACCGCCGAGGGGGGCUUCUAGCCUCAUGGCGGCCCAUCGGGCCGGCAGUGAUAUGUCCCGUUAUCACGGUGUUCCUCGAGAUAUCUUCGAUGACCUGCCAGAGUCUACGGUUGAUCCAGUUGUGGAUGACAGACACGUGACCAUGGACGAUUUUGGAUAUGAGGAUGAAGAUCCUCAGCCUUGUCAACCGAGGAGAUUUCAUUCGUCGUUGCUACCUACCCAAACGGUUGUCCGCCAGGAAUGCGUAGAAGGGACGGUCUUUGGGGUGCUCACCACACCGAAAUGCCAGCGAAAGACUGCGUUCCAUGGCAGAACCACUGUGACAUACCAGCAAGACUUGCCAGUGCCUCCUUUGAGGGAUCGAAGCAGCGCUUCGUUCAGCCAUAGUCUGCCAGCAAAGUACAGCGUCGAAGAACCCGUGCGACGAACUCGACUUUCAACGCUCGACUAUCGCAGCAAGAGCUUUCUAGAUCAUUCACACGCGUGUUGUCUUCGAGAUCGAACGCUCUGUUGUAGGCCUACUUCCUGGGGUGAACGCUCUCGACAAGGCCUCGAGAACAGAGAACCAAUUAACCACUGCUUCAACACCAACGUCCGCGUACCCCGACAGAUAUUAAGUGAUAACUUUCAAGACUUCUGCCAGACUAUGCUUACAUCUGACAGGCAAGCAGUCGACAGGAUUAGCAACGGCUCCCAGUCUUCAAGACGACCCAUGGCACCACCGGGGAAACCCGACCUUCAUUUUCGCAUAACGUCUCGGAAGGACGCCACCAGAAAUUCGUUUGGAUCAGACAAGACAUCGAACGUGCAAGAGAUAUUGAAAAAGAUGACUAGUCAGAACAUCGAUCAUGUUCCCGCCUCGUACAGCGCCACUCAUUACACAAAAGAGAAAACGGAUACAAAGCAUGACAACGAUGCUCUCGACCACGACGCCAUGCAAGUUAUCAAGCAGUUAGACCUGUCCAUUGGUGACGAAGAAGACGCGUACGUGGACGGUCCGCCACCUCCGAUUUAUCCGAAGCGGUCGAGUGUCCCGACAGAGUCACCGGCGAGGCAUUACGAGACGUCAACCAGGCAUCCAGUCACCGAUGCGGAGGCGCAGGAAGACAACCUCAUCGAAGAAGUCUCCAUGCCAGGUUCGAAUAAGAAAGCGUACCAGGCAUUCUCCAAGACGCGGGGGUCGCUCAGAAAACAGCCGUGCGAAUCCCAAGGUAAUGGCGUCACGGAACGGAUUGGAUUGUUUAACAAGAACAAUGGGUUAGAAGUGGACGUAGAAGCGGAGGUCCACAGCAACGGAGACAAGUCACAGACGCAGUCGAACAAGCCACCGUCGGACUCUGGAGACAUCUGUGUCAUGCCGGACGAUUCGCAGCUGGGCCGCAGCGACACUGCGGACAGCGGUGUGGCCAGCCGUCCAGGAUCCGGUACCGGCAGCCACUUUAUCGUGGUAGCCAUUGAUUUUGGUACCACGUACAGCGGGUACGCGUUUAGCUUCACACGAGACCCGGACAACAUCCACAUGAUGAGGAAAUGGGAAGGCGGAGAUCCUGGUAUCAUCAACCAGAAGACACCGACGACGUUGCUGCUCAACCCGGACGGAGAGUUCCACUCGUUUGGGUUCACGGCACGUGAUGUCUACCACGACCUUGACGCCCAGGAGGCCAAGCGAUGGAUGUUCUUUGAGAAGUUCAAGAUGACGCUGCAUAGUAAUGAGAACCUUAGCCGCGAUACAGAGAUCAUUGCUGCCAACGGCAAACCCAUGCCAGCCCUCACUGUUUUUGCCCACGCACUACGCUAUUUCCGUGACCAAGCGCUCAAAGAGCUCAGUGAGCAGUCAGCCACCACUAUUUUGCCAGACGACGUCCGAUGGGUGGUGACCGUGCCCGCUAUCUGGAGGCAGCCUGCCAAGCAGUUUAUGCGUUCGGCCGCGUACAAGGCGGGCAUUGGAUCACCCGACUCACCGGAUCAAUUGAUCAUUGCCCUGGAGCCAGAGGCAGCCUCCAUCUACUGCCGGAAGCUGCGGAUGCACCAGCUGGUUCCUGAUGCACCGCCUCCAACGAGACUUUACCUCUUCAGGGACAUUAUUCCUGACUUGAACGUGGAUCGAGCUGUUGAGGACAAACCAGACCUCGGCUUCCUACCGUCUUUGCGUUCAGAAGUUAUAGAGGAUUAUCUUUACGGAGGAACACGCUACAUGGUAGUGGACUGCGGAGGUGGAACUGUGGACAUUACCGUCCACGAGCUGCAUGAUCAGCAUGGCACGCUGAAAGAGUUACACAAAGCAACUGGAGGUCCCUACGGAUCUGUGGGCAUAGACAUGGAGUUUGAGAAGCUUUUAUACGAUAUCUUCGGAGCGGACUUUAUGGAGCAGUUCAAGUUGAAAAGGCCCGCUGGGUACGUCGACUUGAUGGUGGCGUUUGAAGCACGCAAGAGGAAUGCCAGUCCGUACAAGGACACUCCGUUGAACAUAUCGUUGCCAUUUUCGUUUAUUGAUUACUACAAGAAAUGCAAAGGAAACAGCGUCGAAAAUGCAAUAAAGAAACAUGGCAACAAGGACGUCAAGUGGUCUUCGCAGGGCAUGCUUCGCAUCGAGCCCGCAGCCAUGAUAGAGCUUUUUCGUCCAACUGUCACAAACAUCAAACAGCACAUCUCAAACGUCCUCAACAAUCCGCGCGUAGGCACCAUCCACUACCUCUUUCUCGUCGGAGGCUUCGCGGAGUCCCAAAUCCUCCAGAAAGACAUCCGCGACGCUUUUUCUGGACAAGUCAAGGUGGUCAUUCCGCAAGGUGUCAGCCUGGCCAUUCUGAGAGGAGCCGUCCUCUUUGGCCUCGACCCGAUGAUAGUGAACGUGCGAAGGUCCCGCAUGACUUACGGCGUCGGCGUCCUCAACCGAUUCAUUCACGGAGCCCAUCCGCCGUCGAAACUCGUGGUGAAAGACAGCAUCGAGUGGUGCGCGGAUGUAUUGGACAAGUUUGUCCUCGCGGACCAAUCGGUCGGACACGGCGACGUCGUGGUGAGGAGUUACACGCCAGCCAAGGCGGGCCAGACAUGCAGCAUCAUUCAUAUUUACUGCAGCGAGAGAGAUGACGUACAGUUCAUCACGGACCCAGGAGUGUACAAGUGUGGCACUCUGAUCCUGGACUUGUCGGACACAAAGUACUUGCCCAAUGUUCCAGCCAGAAGGGAGAUUCAAACCAGGAUGGUGUUUGGAGAGACAGAAAUCAAAGUGAGCGCGUUGGAUGUCACGACACAGAAAUGUGUCAAGGCGGAUAUUGAUUUCCUCAAUCAGUGAGGCGUCAGGUUUGAACGCGUACGUUAAAUGUAUUGGUGCUGUUUGAAGUUAGAGGUCGAGUGCCUUAAUAUUUUGUAUGAUAUAGAGCUUAGGGACAGCAGUGUGCUUGUGUUUAGGUGCCUGUACUUCGUAAAAGACGUGCCCAAGUACCACAUACCUUGACGUGAAAAUGGAUGAGCCAAACUGUUGUAUGUAAGAGAUACCCAAUAACAGCCAUUGUAUAUAGAAAAACUGUCCUGUUGUAUCUUUACCUGAUGCUUGCUUCAUUGCUUGCAAUGUUUUUUUUUUUUUUUCAUUUUUUGCUGGCUGAUAGCAUUAAAGGGGUGUCAAACCUGAAGAGAGGGCUUGAUCUGUAUACCCUCAAGUGCUCUUGAAUUACACCCAUAAGCUAGGGUACAACUGUGAAAUACUACUACAUGAAUAACAAAAGUGUAAGCACCAUGUAACUUUGAAUUGUCAUGCAUUGUGUAUCAAACAGUAUCACAAUAAUGAUAAAUUGAGGUAACAUUUCUUCCAUGCCAUACACGUGAUAUCGUGAGAGACGAAUUUUAAUGCUUCCCACAAGACUUGACAUGCAGUUUACAGCGAGCUGUAAGCUCUGCAUUGGAAUGCCUGCAUAAAUUUCAACUGCCCAGACUGCCCGCGAGGCUUUCUUUCCUAUUCUUUCCUGUCCGCACAUUUGGUAAAUGUCUAUCGGGUGCUCCAAUCAAGUUUACAGCUGGACACGAUUUUUUGGUUACAAACCAAUUUUUUAUUUUUGUUUGUCACAAUAUUUGAUUGAUCAAAUGCAGAAAACAAGUUCUAUGUACAGAUGAAGCAGAGCACAUUCUAAUAAUGCAGAAAUGCAGUAACGAUACAAUGCUUACUGGCUCAGUUACCUGAACCUUUACACUAACACAUAAAUGUUAUACAUGCUGGUUUACCGGUAACACGUUUUGCAGACAUAACUGCAAAUGCCGCUGCAUAGACGAGGUAUAGCACAAGUAAGUGCUUGCUUCACAUGAGACAGCUCAUUCUGUUUCAAAAUACAUUAUCCCGCUACACUGUAAAUUACGUGCACUGAAUAUAAAUGGUAAUGCCUUGAACAUUAUUUAAUUACUCUAUGUACAAAAGCACAACAAUGAAUAUAUUUUUCAACAGUCCGACGAAAUGCAGUGUGUUAUGCGUAGGAAACAGCCAUAUAUUACAUGCACAUCGUGCACGCUACUACGUUCCCAUGAUUUGUGCACAGUUGGCAAAUGCAUGCAAAGGCUCCAGUGCAGUAGCAGCUUCACAUGGUAUUAAUUCACUUUCAAAUAUUGCAGAGGUGCAGUGGCCUGCCUUUUGGGAGUAAAACCUGCUUCAACCUUCAGCCUUCCUGGAGGAGGCUGGCUAGAAUUGAUUUUUGGCUAGGUCAGGUUAUGCCAAAUUUCCCCCAAAAUUAUCUCUUGCCUUUACAAGUGACUUUACAUUCCACUCUGCUUGGCAACGAGUAACUUGCUAUUUCAGCAAACCCAAGGAACACAAACCUAGCCCUGUGUUUCGUUUCUUUUGCUCUCGUGUUUCUAGGUGCACAUUCCAGACUAAAAUCUUUAUAUGAUGCCUUGUAAAGCAACCGAAGAAGUAUGGGACUGCUAAUGUAGCAAGCUGUACAUAGACCUGUAAAAUCCUGCAAUAAAAAUCUGUCGUAUCAACCUUGCA